CAAUUGCCCAAUUCUGUAUUUCUCUAUUGGCUCAUUCUUUAGCCCCCCUCGGAAAUUCCUUCUAGGGUUUAAAAAAUGGCAAACAACAGCAACAAAGAAAAACCAAGCACUGCUCCGAAGCCUAAUCGAUGGUACAAUAUAAGUUUAGGGUCUUCCUUCAAGGACCAACAGCAUCCUUCUUCCAAAUUCUGCACUUUACGCUAUGAAUUUAAGCCAGCAUCAAUUGAUAAGAGCCAACCAGGAUCAUUCCACAAGACGAAGGAUAAUCGGGUUAAGGUAGAAUUUGAAAACAAUCAACAGGGAAAACCCAAGGUGACAUUUGAAGGGACAUGUGAAGAUUACAAGGACAAUGAUGCAGUUUUGUUCUUUGAUGGUGAGACCUUUCGGUUGGAGCGGUUACACCGAGCUGUGAAGCGGUUGAGGCAUCUACGCCAGCCUGGUGAAUCCACAGCCAUGGCUUCAUCAGCUGGCCCUGCUGCAGAGUCUUAUUCGCCUCCAGUUGGUAAGGGACUGAAGCCCGAGUCUUCGAACAAAGGCUCAGUUCCACCAAUACCGCUUCAGGUGGAACGCAUCGACACUGGUGACUUUGAGAGUGGAGAAUCUAGAAAGCAGAACAACUUAGAGCCCCCGUCGUCUUCAGUUCCUAAUAAAUCAACUGCAUCACCAGAUCCGAAAAAUUAUGAAUCAGAAGAACAGGUGGAUAUAGUCGACGACGAUGAUGAUAAUGAUGGUUUGGGAACAGAUAAGCAAGACAAUGCCUCUGAAAAGGUGUCCUCUGGUUUCGGCAUUGAUAUCAACUUACCACAUCAAGUUGACACGGAUGAGGAGAUUGCUGAUGUCGACUUAAGUGAUGAUGACAAUAAACCAGGACGUAGUGCAGCUGAAGCUCUUAGAGAUCAGGUGAAUGCUGAAGAGAAAGAACAGUCUUCGAGCUCAAAUAGUAGCAGUGGAAGCGAUAGUAGCGGUAGUGGAAGUGGAAGUGGGAGUGGGAGUGGGAGUAGUAGUAGUGAUAGUGAAAGCAGCGAUGGUGGCGACUCGGCCAUCUCUAUUUAAGUGGUUAGGAUCUUUCAACAACAGCCUAAUAGCUGUUGUGCAUGGAUUAAUUAUUUUAGCUUUGUUUUUGAAGACAGGCUGGAUGGUCAUAUAUACAAACUAUAUGUAAACAACUAUUUUAUCAAUUUUAACCACCAACGUUUCAAUUUUAUCAA